AUGGGGGGCUACAAAGUGACCAAGGGGCAGCAGCUGCUCGUGCCCCUCGGCCACGUCAGCAGGAGCGAUCCCCGCUGGGCGGGGGAGACGGGGGAUCUGAGCCCCGAGGUGUUCAACCCCGAGAGGAUGCUCACGCCCGAGGGGCAGAAGCCGGGCUGGCAGGUGCCCUUUGGCCACGGAGGCCGCCACUGCCUGGGCGUCCACCUGGCCAACGCAGAGAUGAAGGUUUUCCUCGCCCUCUUCGCACAGGGCUAUGCCGCGCAGGUCGACACCAACACUGAGUGGGUGUACCUCGUGGGCAGGGUCCCCGUCAGUGGCCUGCCGACGCGCUUGGAGAAGCUGCCCGCGGCGGCGCCCGCGGCGGCGUGA